CUCCCUCCCACUUGGGUCCUACAAAAUAUUCAGCUCAAAGUCCUACUGUGCAUUCCUUACAUCGCAACACCCACAUACAGAGAUCCCUACCACUGUGCACCGGGGCGGUGAGGCUCAGAGCUCAGAACCAGUUGAUGCAACAUGGAGUUAAUUGAGGAUAUCUCCCGUCCACCACUGGUGUAUGUGAAGGGUAUCCCACUCAUCAAAUAUUUUGCGGAGACUCUUGGGCCAUUGCAGAACUUCACUCCCUGGUCUGAUGACUUGCUUAUCAGCACAUACCCAAAGUCUGGUACUACCUGGAUGAGUGAGAUCCUGGAUAUGAUCUACCAGGGAGGCAAGGUAGAAAAGUGUCUCCGGGCCCCCAUCCAUGCCCGGGUGCCCUUCCUUGAGUUUGGAUGCCCGGGAGUUCCCUCAGGUCUUGAAUCUUUGGCGGAGACACCAGCCCCGCGGCUCCUUAAGACACAUCUGCCACUGUCCUUGCUCCCUCGGAGUCUGCUGGAUCAGAAGACCAAGAUGAUCUACAUUGCCAGAAAUGCAAAGGAUGUGGCCGUCUCCUAUUAUAACUUCUACAACAUGGCCAAGGUGCACCCUGAUCCAGGCACCUGGGACAGCUUCCUGGAGAACUUCAUGGAGGGGAAAGUGUCCUAUGGGUCGUGGUACCAGCACGUGAAGGAGUGGUGGGAGCUGACACGCUCUCACCCUGUUCUCUAUCUCUUCUAUGAAGACAUGAAGGAGAAUCCAAAAAGGGAGAUCAAGAAGGUCCUGGAGUUUUUGGGGCGCUCUUUGCCUGAGGAGACUGUGGACCUCAUUGUUCACCACACAUCCUUCAAGAAAAUGAAGGAGAACCCCAUGACUAACUACACCACUCUCCCCUCUGCAGUCAUGGACCAUGAUGUUUCUCCCUUCAUGAGGAAAGGUACCACUGGGGACUGGAAAAACACCUUCACUGUAGCUCAGAAUGAGCGCUUUGAUGCCCACUACGCUAAGAUGAUGAGAGGCUGCAAUCUCAAAUUCCGUUGCAAUCUGAAAUCUGAGCCAACAGAAUGACUAGGACUGGGGCCGUACACGAGUGAAGAGGAUUUUAUCAACAUGUGUCAGGAAAGCAAUCCAUUCGCGCAGUGAAAAGGAACCCAAACAUGCAAGAGAAGAAGACAAAAACUGUAUUUUACCUGAAAGAAUAAAUGACUGGGCCUUCUCCC